CGAACCAGUAGUAGUAGGACUUUCAUUCCGAUUACAAAAAGACGAUGGAAGUCCUGGCGGCGCCACUGGAACAAAGCGAAAUUGAUGAGUUGCUCUCGUACUUUCCAGACUUCAAGGGGAGUCUGCCAGAGGAGGCCCGUUAUUGGAAAAAGUCGGAUCUGGAACUUUUUCUCGGGAGCAAUGGACAGCUCAAGCCCAAGGAGAAGAGAGGCGCAGCCAGCUGCCCCUUCCUGUCCCGCGCGCGGCAACGCUUGGCCGAGCUGAAGAUUGGAGAGGCCUCGGCGGAGUAUCUCUCGUGGUGUCGCGUAGCCAAUGAGAAAGCCCUUCGCUCCGCCGGCAGCGCCUGUGCGGCCUGUGCGGCUAGUAGCUGUACACCGGUUGAAACUGCCAAAGAAGCGCCGGCAGUUCCAAGAGUUCCUGUGGUGGUGCCUUGUCCACCGGAUUGGUGUGGUCGCUCCUGGACGAUGGAGUUUUGGAAGACUCAUAGCAAGGGCUUGUGGUGGACAUGCCGAACUCGAUCCCCGGCUUUUGAACAUGAUCGCAGAGCAAGUGAUGUGGUGGAUGUCGAGGGUUCUCCAAGUGAAUAUGUGGAUUAUGCAAUGCUUCUUCAAGAAAAGGAUCCAGAUUGUCUGGAAGAAAAUGCUCUGGCCUUUCCCAGACUAGUGAUGGAUGGUUGGUGCCCAUUUGUAAGCACCGAAGGCCGUGCCCUUCUGGAGCGACACUGGCGUGAACUCACACCCAAGGGUGUCAAGGACUUGUCCUUCAAGUGGAUGAGAGCUUUCACAGCAGUGUUCAGUCUGGACUUCAUUGACUACCUUGCGCGCUUCUACAAGAUUUCCCUGGGUGCACCAGGAUGUAUCAGUCGAUUGCACGUGACCAACAACGGGGCCCACACCUGGUAUACCCAGAUUCAGGGCAGACGACUGUUCAUCCUCUUUUCUCCACAGCAAACAGAACACCUGGCCGAGGAGGAAGGAGGCGCCGUGGACCAUCUGGAAGGUUACGCAGCCUCUGCAAGCUCGGUCGACAUCUUCUUCCCCAAUCCCAAGAGGCACUCGAGCUUCAGCAAUGCAAAAGCACAGGCAGUGAUUCUUCAGCCCGGUGAGACCCUCGUAGUUCCGAGUGGCUGGUGGCACUAUGCAGUGCACCUUGACGCGUCUGUUACGUUGCACCACCCCUUCUGGGGUUUGCAGAACCGUGCGCGCAUCUCUGAUGAGCUGCGGGAGGCUUUCAUUGCAAGCAAGAUGCCAGUGGAGUUUCGGGAGAUGGCGGCCAGGAAUAUCGCGCAGAUCCAUGAGCAGAUCAUGGAGGAUGAUGACGAUGAUUCCGAUGCUGAGUAAGGUGAAAA